AGGCAUUUUCCGUUCAAGAGCGUUGAACCUGGCGCCAUGCUGUGGUUCAGCGACAGGUUCUUACCAUGCUGCAUUUGCCAGAGGUCGGAGGAAAUCCCACCGACCGAAUUGCGGGUGCAGCGGUUGGAUGCCAUGCUAGAUGAAAACAGACGAGAUGCACCAAUCGAUUUGCCAGAGUAUCCAGACUUAGCCUUGAACAACGAUGGCUUUGGUAUGUGUGGCUUGGAGCAAUUCCGUGUGUCACUCGACAAGGAAGCCAUCGAAGAAGCCGGCCUGGGGCUGGACUUCGACACAACGCAGCGAGAAGUUUGUGUAGUUGUGCGAAUUGAUCCGCAUGGAGAAGCUGCACGGUGGAAUGCCAGUCGCCUGGAGAAGAUACGUGUACAUGAUCGCUUGGUGGCAGUGAACCAUCAAUUCCUGCCAGCCGUGGAGUUGUGGGAGAAGCUCCAGGCAUGCGCCUCAUCCAGAUUGGAGCUUAUUUUUGAACGGCCUGACAUCUACAGCUUCAAAUUCAAUCGCUCAGACGGCAAAGUGGGCCUGUCCUUGGCUGUCAGCAAGGUGUGUCCUGUCUUGAUUAUUAAGGGCGUAGACCCUGACGGCGUGAUGAGCCAGAAAGUGGUCGAGGAUGGUGACAAGCGUCCGCGGCCGCAGGACCGGAUUCUCCAAGUGAAUGGUGAGCAGUUCGACUCGACGCGAAUGGCAAAGCAACUGUCAGCCAACAAAGUCUCCCUUACAGCUUGUCGUUACAAUGUUUGAUCCUGUGGCCUGGCCACCCUUCAGAUUUCAUCAAUCGGUCUGUGUGCUUUGAGAUGCUGCUUGAAUGCUUCCUGCAGUAUUGCGAUACUCCAAAUUUGGCAUUUUUUGGCCAACACCAAAUAUAGGAAUGUGAUGCCCGGAUCAUAUGGUUUCACUUGACUACACGCAAAUAAUUCAACCAUAUUCAACCGUUUAAGAGCCCGUGGAUUUUCUCAUCGCAUUUGUGCUAGCUGCUAGUGAUUAUGGUUUUCUUUUCGGGGAAGCGGAGGCAGAACGACAAGGGAUACCAUUGCCCGCCCAAAUGGGAGAAUCUUGACCAUCGGGAUCCGGGCAGGUUUGGCGAUGCGUUUUUCUGGCACCAUUUUGAUGGAGCCGCCAUAAGGAGCAUUCGGGUGCCCUCCUAAACGGAGCAUCAGUCGCCCCCGGAGGCAUGGAAUUCUAGAAAGCCACGUUUCCUGGUAGCAUCUCUUAGCCAGGUCUCUAGCAGAAAAAGUCCACGCGACCAGAGCAGCAACGACUUUGGUUGUAGCAUGUUGUAGCCCAUCGCGC